GGCGAGUUCAUGCUCAAGCCGCUGGUUUCAAGAGCCUGGCGCGUUAAUUUUCGUUAUUUUGUUUUGAAGGUUGGAGAGUGUCGUCAUAUGUUUGUUAUGACUAGUCCUGAAGAUUUAAGCAGCUCAGAAAUACAAGCAUUUAUCACAAAAGUCAAGAGUUUACCCGGUGGAACAAACAUUCAACAAGAUGAAGCUGAGAAAGCCGCUCAUCUCUACCUCAGAGCUCGUAAAAGAGAUGUUGAACGUGCUGUGGAAUUAUACAAAGCUAACAAGCGAAUGCGGUAUACAGAAAAUGUGGACUCAAUUGAUCCUUUAGAAGAUGGCGUUCGGAGGGAACUAUUAUCUGGGAAGUUUACUGUGCUA